UGGGCCCAGUUCCCGCCACGGAAGUACAGACAAUUACCUUAUAACGUCAUGAUAAUGGUGAUCUGUGAUUGGUUAAUUCAAGGCCACAUGACAGGAUGUCCUAUCCAGUACCUACCCAUGGUUUACUACAGGGGGUGGGGCUUGCAAACAAUCUACUACAAACAACUUCCUAUUCAAGCAUGUAUAAAGAGGCAGUAGUAUUUGAUGGGGUACUUACAUAUCUUCUGUUGAAGCAAAUUAAGCAGAACUUGUUGGCCGGAAAACUGUUCAGUCUUUAACAGACAGGAUUCAUAUACUAUCGAUCUUAGAAGCAUAGUGCAAGCAUCAUUUUUAUCCCUGGUCUAGUUUGUGACAAAGUACCAAGUAUGAAGUCCAUAAUAAUGCUGAGUUGUCUUCAGCUGACGUUGUUGAUUGUCAUUCUCAAGAUGAAUCUUGGAGAAGCAUGUGUCUGUAUGCCAAUGCACCCACAGCAACACUACUGCAGAGCAGAUUUUGUGAUCAAGGGUAAAAUUCUCGUUGAUGACCUGAAGGUCCUCUCAGACAACGACACAAAGAUGAAAGCUGACAAUGACACAUCAACUCCAAAUAUGAGAAUGUACAAGGUUCGUAUUGAGAAGAUCUUCAAGGGUCAAGAACUGAUGGGACCUAAGAAGCAUGCUGAGAUAAUGGUUUCACGACUUGGAGAGACAUGUGGAAUGCCACUACAAGAGAAUGAAGUCUAUGUCCUUACAGGUCGGCAAAUGAAGAACAUGUACACCGUCAAUAUGUGUGAUUGGGUUAGGAAGUACAGUCACCUCAGCCGCAAGCAGCGUCAGGGAAUACGACACCUAUACAAGCAGUACUGUGAUUCCUGUCAGAUCAGGCCCUGUUUCCAUGGCAACUGUCAAGCAACCACACCCAAUACUUGCAUCUGGAAUGUUUCCGGCCGGAUGCUGAACAACAAUGAGCUGGAUUGUGAGUCUGACUACUCACGCUGCAUCAAAGAUGGUGCUGGAUGCAAAUGGUACAUGCCUCAAACCAUGAAGGAAUGUAUGCAAAGACGCGUACAGAUGAGACACAAUAGAAUCCCUUGAAUCAUACUCAAGAAUUCUUACAAAUAUGUACAAACUAUAAGCCAAAUAUGGAUUAUUAUAUUCCAGUUUUUGUAAUAUAAAACUUUUUGAAGUCAUGCAUUAUUGAGGCUGAACUUGAUUUAACCUCAUCUCAUUGCAUUAGGGAUUAACUUGGCAUUGAAAUUGGUGCCGUAUGGGUCUUAUGCAAAACUAGAUGUAUCUAAAGAAAAAAAAUGCAAACAAAAAUUGCUGUUCAACGUCUGAAUUGCGUCAUAAGAUUAUUUAAAUGAGGACCAAGUAAAAACAAAUAUCCAUUCGUACCUCAAAGUGUCAGAUGAUUUCCUUUAAGGACUAAAAGAUGAUUCUGAAUAAAUUAUUCUGAAAGUUACAAAGACAAGUAAUAUGACCAAGUGAUAUAGUUUAUUGGCAAAAAGACGAAAACCACCAGGUAAACAGUACUUAAGAAAAAAAUGAAAUAAUUCCCAAGAAUUGUUUGCCAAAAAGCUUUACAAAUUAUCUCCUGGUGAGCAUUAAGUUAAAAAGAUUUUUUUUUUUUUUUCAUUUUUCAAAUUAAAUGAACUUCUUUCUUGUUAACAAUUUUCUCAUCAAUACUAUUACAAAUGUAUUGAUGUUUUAAAAAGUAAGAAAAAUAGUAAGUAAUGUUUGUUUUAUAAAAAUCAAUGUGACAUACAACUAGUUGCUAGACCAAAUUUUUGUAUUAAAUAAUUUCUAUGAAGCCCAAGUUGGUACCCCAAAGUAGACCUUUUUAAAUGUACAUUUUGUAUAAAACAAAUUCAUUCUUUACAUAAAAAGAUAAACGUAAAAAUCUAUGCUGCAUGCGAUUUGUAUAUAAAUAAAAUUAUGUGCAAUUUUUUGAAUUAUUUUGAUCAUCAAGUGCAUCAUGCCAGUAAAUGAAUGUUUUUCUGAGAAACGUUGCUAUUGGGUUAAUUAGCCGUAAGUCAUUCCUUUGUGAGCAUUUUUCAUUUGUAUAUAAAAAAAAAGAAUAAAACAAAU